ACAUGCACUUUUCAAUUUUUCAUGCCAAGUCGUACCCAAAAGGGCAAAAACCAAUAAGCUCAUGCUAGGUUGCUCUUUUGCUAUGCGACUAUGGUUUCUUUUCUUGUACAUCUUUGCCCCAAAUUCCACUCCUCACUUCUCCUUUACUGCUAAAAUCUUCAGGUCAGCAAUGGCUUCAGACUUGUGAGGGUUACUAGAUAUUAGAAAAAAUGCGAGCACGGUUAGAAAGAGUUCUGUAUUGCCCAUCUCGAUUGGCAAUUUGUUGGGGAAGACCCAUGUGUUAUUUCGUGUCGAAAAACUAUAGUGCUGAAUAUCCUGACAUUCGUAGUUGGAACAAGCGCAUAUCUCAACUUAUCCGAUUAGGUCAGUUCAGUGAAGCGCGAUCACUGUUUGAUAGAAUGUCUGAAAGAAAUACCAUAACAUGGAAUUCAAUGAUGAGUGGAUAUGUUAAGAAUAGAGAGGUUUUAAAAGCGCGCAAGUUGUUUGAUGAAAUGCCUGAAAGAGCGAGAGAUGUUGUGUCAUGGAACUUGAUGAUCUCAGGUUAUGUUUCUUGCCGUGGGGGUGGGAUGAGAUAUGUUGAGGAGGGUAAGCAAUUGUUUGAUCAGAUGCCUAAGAGAGAUAUGGUUUCUUGGAAUACAAUGAUCAGUGGUUAUGCUCGGGUUGGGAGAAUGGAUGAUGCUAUAUGCCUUUUUAACAGAAUGGCCGAGAGGGAUGUUAUCACUUGGAAUGCAAUGGUGACUGGUUUUCUACAUAAUGGUGAUGCUGGUAGAGCUAUUGAGUGGUUUAGGGCAAUGCCGAAUAGGGAUGCCUCUUCAUUUAGUGCACUUAUAUCAGGGUUGAUUCGUAUUGAUGAGUGGGACAAGGCAAAGGAAAUUUUGCUUGAAUGUGGAAAAGAAGUUGGCGAAGAGAGGGGAGAUCUUGUCCCGGCUUAUAAUACUUUGAUUGCAGGAUAUGGGCAAAAGGGAAGAGUUAAUGAAGCACGAAGUCUUUUUGAUCAAUUGUCAUAUUGCCCAAAUGGAGGAAUGAGAGAAAGUAUGGGAUUUGAGAGGAAUGUGUUGUCAUGGAAUGCUAUGAUUAUGGCUUAUAUAAAAGUGGGUGACGUCAUUUCUGCUAGAAAACUUUUUGAUCAAAUGGUAGACCGGGAUACAUUUUCGUGGAAUACGAUGAUUAGUGGUUAUGUUCAAGCUUCAGAUAUGAAACAAGCAGCACAACUCUUUUCACAAAUGCCAAACACUGAUAUAAUGUCAUGGAAUAUGAUGGUGUCAGGCUAUGCCCAAAAUGGGAACUUAGAAUCUGCUCUUGAUUUCUUCAGCAGGGCUCCACAGAGAAAUCUUGUCUCUUGGAAUUCUGUAAUUGCAGGAUGUGAUAAGAAUGGAGACUAUGAAGGUGCAAUCAAGUUGUUCAUACAAAUGCAGGCUGAGGAGGUGAGGCCUGAUAGGCACACUCUAUCAUCAGUUCUUAGUGUCUGUACUGGCCUUGCUGCCCUGGAUUUGGGCAGGCAGAUCCAUCAGCUGAUUACCAAAAUACUUAUUGCAGAUGUACCUAUCAAUAAUUCACUUGUUACUAUGUACUCAAGGUGUGGGGCAAUAACAGAGGCCAAGAUCAUGUUUAAUGAGAUGGGGAUGCAGAAGGAUGUAAUCUCUUGGAAUGCAAUUAUAGGUGGAUAUGCAUCUCAUGGAUACGCAGUAGCAGCUUUAGAGAUUUUUGAGGAAAUGAAGAGGCUAAAAGUGCUUCCCACUGUUAUUACAUUUGUAUCAGUCUUGAAUGCUUGUGCACAUGCUGGCUUACUGAAAGAAGGCCACAAGUAUUUUGAGUCUAUGCUUUUGGAUUAUGGAAUUGAACCCAAGAUCGAACAUUAUGCUGCACUAGUCGACAUUGUGGCUCGUCAUGGCAAUCUACAAGAGGCCAUGGAUUUGAUUUAUAGCAUGCCCCACAAGCCUGAUAAAACCAUAUGGGGUGCUCUGCUAGGAGCUUGUAGGAUACAUAACAAUGUAGAGCUGGCUCAAGUUGCUUCAGAGGCUCUAUCAAAGCUUGAACCCGAAAGUUCAGCAUCCUAUGUGUUGCUUCACAACAUGUAUGCUGAUGUGGAACAAUGGGAGGAUGCAAAAAAGGUCAGAAAUACAAUGGAAAUAAACAAUAUUAGAAAAGGACGAGCAUCUAGCUGGUUAAUCACAUAACAUCGGGAUAAUGUUGCUAGUUUGCUACUAACUGUUGACUUGUUGAGAAUAUCCUAAAAGAUUUUUUUAAAGAUGCAGUCGCAGAUUUGAGCUGUUGCCUCUAAAGUAAUGCAGGUAAUUAAGGUGCUGAUGACUUUAUUUUAGGUGGCAGACUGGCAGUAGUCAUGUUGAAGACCAUUUUGGGUGAUAUGACUGUUAGAUAGUAUUAGAAAUUCUCCUUUAUACAAUUUAUCUUGGGAUACUUUGUUUAAGCCUAGAUCUUCAGGUAAACCUGAAUUUGGGGGACAAAGCUGCUAUCACCAAACUUCUGUGGGCUUAAGCUUUUGAAAAACAUAAGCUUUAGGUUAGAUGGGUUGAUAUCUGCUGUAUCAAAAGACGAGGUUUGCUAUAAGCUUACUGAUCUGGAUAGUAAAGAAAGUACGAGCGUUAGAGGUCUUAUGCAGCAGUAAUGGCUGGGAUCCAGUUCUGAGCAAAGGAAGUUUCUAAAAUCAACAAGCAGUACAACUUGCUUCUAGGGGAUUUCCCCAAAGUAUCAUGGUGGGGAACAUCAUCUGCAAUAGUUGAACCACACUCUAGGCUUUAAAGUGUUCUAUUGCCUAUUAAGCUCUUCAUACAGGUGAAGCCCAGCAGAUAGGUUAAAUAAUUGGAAUUUUUCCUGUAAUCAGGCCACAAAGAGUAUGCAAAAUCUGCUCUUAGUAUGUUACUCUACUGCUAUUCGCCAAUUCGGGGGUAGAUUUACCGUUGUUGGGGAUCCAGAGGAGAGCGGCAAGUUUUGGUGUGGAAAUGGCAGCAGCGAUAAAAAUUGUAAGGAAGAAAAUUCAAAGACUGCUCAAUGUUGACAUUGUAAGGUGCUCUUGAGUUCAGAAUCAGCGCUUACUCGCUUAGCAACCCCAAGUUCCUCAAAACCAAAAUCGAUUGCAUUUGAUUUCACUGCCAAAUUCUAGCUGAAUUGAAGAAGAAAGAUAACAAGCCUAAGAGGCCGUCAAUCAAGCAACUCUUUGAUCUACAUAUAUUCUACAAGUAAUACUGAGUACCAGGGAUAUUCAAUAGCCUGUUGAAUUUCACAGACAUAUUAAAGGAGGGAUCAUUUUUUAUUCAUUUGGCCUGGUAUACUAGACAACAAUGCCAUCAAGAAGAGUGGUAGCAGACUAGCAGUCAAAGUACUUGGUGGCUACGUCUGUUGAACACUUUCUCUUUGUUAAUUGUUAUUGUAUCUUUGCUCAACUCACUGUCACUCAUAAAGUCAUAAUAUGUCGCAGUCUCAGUUUUGCUUAAUCAUGUGUCCGCCUAGUGGCUGCUUAUUUAGAGUACUUUAGGUGUUGCCAAUUUUUUUUGGCCUUUUCAUGAAUGAUACGGAGUUCUAUCUAAAUGAAUAAGAUGAUAUUAGCUAAUC